CAAUGAUGAACACUUUCUCCCAACCUGAAGCUGUGGAGCUGUGCUAUGAGAACGUGAAUGGAUCCUGUGUUAAAACUCCUUACUCUCUGGGACCUCGAGCCAUUCUGUAUGCAGUCCUUGGUUUGGGGGCCGUGCUGGCUGUGUUUGGGAACUUCCUGGUCAUUUUUGCCAUCCUGCACUUCAAACAACUGCACACACCUACAAACUUUCUCAUCGCCUCCCUGGCCUGUGCUGAUUUCUUGGUGGGAGUCACUGUGAUGCCCUUCAGUGCAGUGAGGUCUGUGGAGAGCUGCUGGUACUUUGGGGAGAGUUACUGUAAAUUUCAUACCUGUUUUGAUACUUCCUUCUGUUUUGCUUCUUUAUUUCACUUAUGUUGUAUCUCUAUUGAUCGAUAUAUUGCUGUUACUGAUCCUCUGACCUAUCCAACCAAGUUUACUGUCUCGGUGUCAGAAAUAUGCAUUGUUCUCUCUUGGUUCUUUUCUGUCACAUACAGUUUUUCUAUUUUUUACACUGGGGCCAACGAAGAAGGAAUUGAGGAACUAGUAGUUGCUCUCACUUGUGUAGGAGGCUGUCAGGCUCCAUUGAAUCAAAAUUGGGUUCUACUUUGUUUUCUUCUAUUCUUUAUACCCACUGUUGCCAUGGUGUUUCUAUAUGGUAAGAUAUUUUUAGUGGCUAAACAUCAGGCUAGGAAGAUAGAAAGUACAGCCAGCCAAGCUCAAUCCUCCUCAGAGAGUUACAAAGAAAGAGUAGCAAAGAGAGAGAGAAAAGCUGCUAAAACAUUAGGUAUUGCUAUGGCAGCAUUUCUUGUCUCUUGGCUACCAUACAUUAUUGAUGCUGUGAUUGAUGCUUAUAUGAAUUUUAUAACUCCUCCUUAUGUUUACGAGAUUUUAGUGUGGUGUGUUUAUUAUAAUUCAGCUAUGAAUCCGUUGAUAUAUGCUUUCUUUUACCCUUGGUUCCGGAAGGCAAUUAAACUUAUCCUAAGUGGCAAGUUCUUAAGGAGUGAUUCAUCAACAACUAAUUUAUUUUCUGAGGAAGCAGAUACAGAUUAA